AUGGCCUCCAAAGCCAUGUGGGAAGUCGACCCAGAAACUCGGUCAAAGCUCCAUGCCAUCUCCCAGCAAUCAAAGAACAACAUCUGCUGCGAUUGCAACGCGCCAUCUCCGCAAUGGGCCUCGCCCAAAUUUGGCAUUUUUAUCUGCCUCUCCUGUGCCGGUGUACACCGCGGACUUGGCGUGCAUAUCUCCUUUGUGCGCUCGAUAUCCAUGGACGCGUUUAAGGCGGUUGAGAUUGAGCGCAUGCGUCUCGGCGGCAACGAAGGAUGGCGCAACUUCUUUGAGAACCACGAAGAUACGAAGAUGAGGGGGUUGACGUGGGACGAUGCCACAAUCGCGGAGAGAUACAGCGGCGAGGCCGGCGAGGAGUGGAAGGAGAGACUAAGCGCCAAGGUCGAGGGGCGUGAGUACGUGCCGGGAGAAAAGAAACCUGCGGCUGCAAAGCCGGCUGCGACUGCCGCAGCGAGAUCGAACACCCCUCUUGGCGGUAGUAGGACGGCAAGCCCGAGCAUGAGCAGCGGAAGCGGAGGUGGAGCUGGCGGCGGCAAGGUCAAAGUUGAUGAUAAGUAUUUCGCGCGUCUGGGCGCCGACAAUGCUAUGCGACCUGACGACCUGCACCCAAGCCAAGGCGGGAAGUACGCCGGCUUUGGCAACACGCCUGGACCGACUAGGCAAAGCGACAAUCAGGCCAUGCCUGGGUUCGAUGAGCUGCAGAAGGAUCCGGUGGCUGCGCUCACCAAAGGCUUUGGCUGGUUCACGAGCACGGUAACCAAAACGGCCAAGACGGUGAAUAGCGACUUCAUUCAACCCACGGCGAAACAGCUGGCCGAGUCCGACUUUGCGGCCCAAGCCCGUGUAGUCGGUGGCAAUGUGGCACGAUCAGCCCAGUCUGGGGCCAAGAGCGCACAAGAUAGCUUCACCCGGUUCGUCGAAGGGCCGGGCGGCCAGGGUCACCACGAGUAUCGGCAGGUGCCCAUCGAUGAGAGCAAGAAGGGUUUCUGGGAUGACUUCUCGUCGAUUGCAGACCAGCAACAGCAACAGCAACAGCAACAACGGCCCGGAGGCAGCGCGAUUGGUACGGCAGCCAUGAAGCCUGGCGCCGGGGGUGCAGCACCGGCAACCAAGAAGGGCAAGGAUGAGUGGGAUGACUGGUGA